AUGGCAAUUACAAAGCGUGUUCAACGUAACAAUAUGAUAACAAAGGUAACGCCUGAAACAAUCGUCAUUGACGAUGAACAAGACUUAGAAUUUAAGCAGAUUGAUUUGAUCUUCGAUGAAUUUAUGAAGGUCUUAGAUAAAAAAACACAAAGUGAAAUUUUAACAGAAGUUACAGAUAAGGGAACUUCGGAACAAAACGUUCAUUUAGAAGUCAAAAAAGUGUAUAUCUUAUUAAAUAAAAAAAUGGAAGCUAUUUACGCUCAAGUGGAUAAAGCCAUCUACAGAUAUGGCAACCCUGAAACAAAAACAAAAGACCAAGUAAAGCCGUACGAGGCCAUAUUUGUAGAUGGCAACUCUGCUUUUAAUUUGAAAAACAUUGACAUUUUAGAUGAAAAAGAAGAUUACGACAUGCAUGAUUUAGAUGAUGAUGAUGAUGAUGAUGAUGAUGAUGAGGAAUAUAACUAUUAA